AUGGCUCAUCGUCACAGCAUGCUAGUACUUCUCCUUUCCCUCUUCUUCCUCUCGCCGUUCCAGCGCCUCUCCGACGCAGCCACAGCUCCACAACCAGCUCGAUUCGAGCAGGCGAUGGCGGAGACCCUUGCAAUGAGCGUCGAGGCCAAGGCGCAACUCCACGCGAGGGCGCUCCGCGACGCCAUGCUCGACGACCCGUCGCUCGACGAUGACGGCGACGACGAGGGUGCGCGACGGCAGCUGAAGGGCAUGAAGGGGCGCGACGUGGGGCUUACGCCGCCGGCGCUGAACUCAGGGCCCAGCAUGGCGGACGUGAACGGCACCUUCUACCGCUGGGACUCCGUCACGCCCAAGCCCUUCAUCGACUGGCGCCAGACCAGAUACAUCUCGCCCAUUCAGCGCCAAUUCGAGUGCGCGAGCUGCUGGGCGAUCGCAGCCGUCGAUUCCAUCUCCAUGAUGUGGGCCAUCACCACCAAAACAGAUCCCAUCGUUCUGUCGCCGCAGCAGGUGUGCGACUGUGCGACGAAGCAGUGCUGCAACGGCGGGUGGGCGGACUGGGCGUUUUCGUACGUGCUGUUCAACGGGGGCAUCCAGGCGGAGGAGGACUACGCGUACCAGGCGGCCGACAGCACCGUCUGCAGCCUCAACGUCUCCGCGCCCACCGCCGCCAAGAUCACGGGGUGGGAGCUGGUGCCGGCGUACAGCGCGCGUGCGCUGAUGCAGGCCGUCAGCAUGCAGCCCGUGGUGGCGUUCCUCAGCGGCUCCGAGCGCGACUUUCAGAACUACACGUCGCGCAACCGCCUGCGCAUCUACGGGUCGCCGGAGCUGCCGGGGCUGUGCACGGCGAACGUGAACCACGUGGUGGUGGUGGUCGGGUACAACUACACGGGGCCCAGCCUCGCGGGCAGCUACUGGAUCCUCAAGAACACGUGGUUCAGCACGUGGGGCGACAACGGCUACAUGUACCUCGCCAUGACGCCCGACGUGCGCGGGAAAUGCGGCCUCCACGCCCUGCCCGCCAUGUACCCGGUGUACUACCCGUUCGGGCCACAGGCGGUGCGGUUCAGCGACAAGCAGCGCGACGACAGCGACGGGCGCUGGUGGACCAAGCCGCUGCCCGCCACGUCCGACGCCUGCCAGCUGCUCAUCAACCCCUGCGGCGCCGGCGAGUGCUACACGCGCAACAACGUGGCGCGGUGCGACUGCAGUGGGCCGGAGGGCAUGGUGGAGGUGAUGGGCGUGCCCACCAGCAAGUGCGUGUCGCGCUUCCCCUGCAACUCCACCGCCACCAACCCCUGUGGCGCCGGCACCUGCGCCAACACCGGCAACGGCACCUACACCUGCCAGUGUCCCUCUGGUUACGCCAUUGGCGCGGAGACGGACGGGUCGCUGACGUGUGUGGGCGUGGCGGGCGGCAACACGUCGUCCCUCAUCUACACCACCGUGCCAGGGGACGCAUGUGCUGCGGUAGCGGCGGCGUACAACAGCAGUGUGGCGACGCUAGUGGCGCUCAACCCCUUCCUCAACUGCUCGCAGACGUACAUGCCGCCCGGCUUCGUGCUCUCCCUCUCCAACGCCUCAGCGCCCUCCACGCCGCUGUGCACCGCCACGUACAUCGUGCGCCCCAACGACACGUGCGCCUCGCUCACCGCCAACCUCUUCAACGGCAGCGACUCUGCCUUCCGCCAGGCCAACCCGCUGCUCUGCACGCCCGACCGCCCCUCGCUGCUGCCCUUGCAGCAGGUGUGCGCCGCUGCCGCUCCGCUGGCAGCGAAUGCAACGGUGGCGCAGUGCGGGCAGACGUACGUGGCGGUGAUGGGCGACUCGUGCAGCGCCGUGGCGUCCAAGUACACCCUCGACCUCCCCACCUUCAAGCUGCUGAACCCAGCACUGAACUGCAACAGGGGCAACAUAGACGUGGGCACGUACCUCUGUGUGGCUGCCAAGUCAGACAAGACGGCAGUGAACUGCACGGCAUGGUACGUGGUGCUGCAGGGCGACAACUGCCCCAACAUCUGGAACGCCGCCAACCUCACCGAGUCCACCUUCCUCGCCAUCAACCCCGGCAUCCGGUGCCAGUCGCCGUACCUGCAGGUGGGGCAGAAGGUGUGCAUCAACUCGCCCAUCCUGCCCUCGCUCAUCGCCUCCACCAACUCCUCCUUCUCGCUCUACACCGUGAAACUCGGCGACACACUCGCCCUCAUCUCCUCGCGCUUCAUCAACCGCUGCAUGCCCACGUCGGUGUCGCCGGCGGCCAUAGCGGCGUACAACAACAUCCUCGAGACGGCCGUGCUGCUCGUCAACUCCACGCUCAUCAUCCCCUGCAACGUGCGCAUUGGCGCCAUCGACUGCGGGUGCGCGGCGUCCCUGCCGGUGUGCGGGUCGGACUACGUCACAUACCCCUCCUUCUGCGACGCCCUCUGCAACUACGCCACUCCCUUGCUCGCCUACGACGUCUGCACCGGCUGCAACGCCGCCUGCAUGGGCCGUGCUGGCUCCGCGCCCGCAGUUGGGUACGGGUGCACGCAGGCCGUCUGCCCCUACCCCACGUGGCCGCCGCCCGAUGACGACUGCACGAUACAGGUGGGCGACGGUGUGGGCAGGUGCUGCUCGUACGUGAAGACGACGUGUGAGAACGUGUGCCAGGACUUCAAGCUCGCCAUGGGGGGCACGUCGGCCGUGCAGACCACUAACUACAAGAACUGCUACAACGCGUGCACGUGCUGCAAGCGCAUCCCCUGCUUGUGCACCUCACAGGAUAUCCAGGGAAGGGAAGAGCUGGGGGAAGGGGGAAGCUGUUGCGAGGGAAUGGGGGACAGCUGGGUUUGA